UUCACUCAGAAGUCUUACAAGUGCUCAAGCGAGUUUUGAURAAAGAAUGACGCAUAUUGAGCGGUGCCUUUAGCAAAAAAAGACGAAAGAGUGCGUGCUAUAAUAACAUGAAAGUUUACGCUGAUAAGUGAAACUAUGGGGAACGGGGCAAGCAACGCUGGAACUACGAUUAUUAACGGGGAAAUUGAUAAACCGAGUGAAAACCUCAAUAAUUUCAAGAGUCAACUUCCUUCCUUGAGGAAAGAACUGAAGGAAAAAGACGAACUUUUGCAGAGAAAAGAUGCCGAACUCAAACACCGAAUGAAAACGAUAGACGAGAAAGACGUCGAGAUUGCGAAGUUAAAAAAAGAGAUUCAUGAACUGAAAUGCGUUGUGAAUCAACAGGCAGCGCUAGCGAGUAAAAUGAGUGUGAUGUCGACUAUAAACGAGGGUUCUGGAAUGGCAUCCACACCAAAUGCCAACAACAAGUCGAGAAAAGUUCGCUCGAGUCGUAAGGAGAAGCGACAAGCAGUUAGCGGGGAAAGCAGCACCAAGACUCAAGAAGAAUCGAAAAAAGAACUAGUUCGCUAUCCAAAAGAUUUCAGAUCAAAACAGUUGAUCAAGGACGCCAUCUAUGAAAACGACUUUCUAAAAAACUUAGAGGCGGCCCAAGUAAGAGAGAUAGUAGAAUGCAUGUCACCACAGUCGUGUGACAAGGAAGAGGUGAUCAUCCGAGAAGGCGAUGCUGGCAACGCUCUCUACGUCAUAGCGGAGGGACGUCUUGACGUCACUAAGGACGGGGAGGUCCUGGGCGAGAUGUGCGGUGGAAUGGUCUUCGGAGAGCUUGCMAUCCUGUACAACUGCCGUAGAACUGCAACCGUAAGAGCCAUUGAAGCGACUACACUGUGGAAGACUGAUAGAAAGAUGUUUCAGAUGAUUAUGAUGAGGACAGGAAUGAUAAGACAAGCUGAACAUAUUUCUUUUCUUAAAAGUGUUCCUUUGUUAAAGAAUUUGCCCAGCCAGCAUCUGUCCAAGCUUGCAGAUGUCCUUGAAGUGGACUUUUAUCAUGCUGGGGAUUAUAUUAUCCGUGAAGGCGAACGAGGAGACACUUUCUACAUCAUUAGCAAAGGCACGGCCAGGGUGACGCAGCGAAUCGAAGGCCAUGAUCAGCCCAAAGAGAUUAGAAAGUUGAAGAAGGGCRACUAUUUUGGUGAAAAAGCCCUUCUUAGGCCAACAACGGAUUACUGUGACGCAGUCUUGUCGUACGGGGGUGCUAUCGACCAAGAAGUCUUGAGCAAAAUGCAAAGUGAAGAUAGRCGCACAGCCAACGUUAUUUCCGAAGCGGCCGAAGUAGAAUGUUUAGUGAUUGAUCGCACAGCCUUUAAAACACUCAUUGGUAACCUGAAUGAAUUGAGGGAAAGAAAUUAUGGGGACGAAGAACGCGGCGCUAAAAGGUACGCAGACCUACGCGAUUCGAAUGGACUCAAACCCGUCGAAGAAAGAAAAAUAUCCAAGAAAAUUGAAGACCUGACGCUAGAAGACCUGGAAGUUAUUUCUACAUUGGGAACGGGCGGAUUUGGACGAGUGGAACUGGUUCAAAAUGUAAAAGACAAGAGCACUUAUGCAUUAAAAUGUUUGAAGAAGAARCACAUCUUGGAAACCAAACAACAAGAACACGUGUAUUCUGAGAAGAGAAUCUUGAUGGAAUYCUGUUCACCUUUUAUUUGCAAACUUUACAGAACGUUUAAAGAUAGAAAGUAUGUUUACAUGUUACUCGAGGCUUGUCUUGGUGGAGAGUUAUGGACAAUAUUAAGAGACUGGGGAAGUUUUGAUGAUGUGACUGCACGGUUCUGCAUCGCUUGUGUCGUUGAAGCAUUUGACUAUCUUCACUGCAAAGGARUCGUUUACAGAGAUCUCAAGCCGGAAAAUCUACUUUUGGACAGCCAAGGCUUUGUUAAAUUGGUUGACUUUGGUUUCGCUAAGAAGAUUGGUUUUGGUCGUAAAACUUGGACGUUCUGUGGAACACCUGAGUAUGUCGCACCAGAGAUUAUUCUCAAUAAGGGUCAUGAUUUGUCAGCCGAUUACUGGUCUCUUGGCAUUCUUAUUUUUGAACUGCUCACAGGAAGUCCGCCAUUUUCUGGCUCAGACCCAAUGAAGACGUACAACAUCAUUCUAAGGGGACUGGACAUGAUCGAGUUCCCGCGCAGAAUAGGACGAAAUCCCCAAAACUUGAUCAAGAGACUGUGUCGAGAUAAUCCAGUAGAACGACUUGGGUAUCAGAAGGAUGGAUUGAACGAUAUYAAAAAACACAAAUGGUUUCAAGGAUUCCAUUGGAAAGCGCUUCUCGACAGGACCUUGGAACCUCCGAUAAAACCUAAGGUGGAUAGUAACACAGACUGCUCCAACUUUGAUAUCUACUCCAAAGACAUGGAAAUACCGCCAGACGACCUCUCAGGAUGGGAUGAGAAUUUUUAACCCUACCCUCAUCAUGCUCACAACUUAAUUUAUUUUAUCUUGGAAAUAAUUGCUAAAAAUCGCAGAAAAUGGAUGUACAAGCAUUAAUUUUCCUCUACCCCCACCCCCACCCCCACUCUUUGCCUGGCCUCUAACGUCCAUGGGAGAUAUGCUAUUUUAAGUUACGAUAUUUGGGAAUGUGCACAAGUCAGGAAAUCACAAUUUAUAUUUAUUUAAAUUUAUUCUUAAGUUUGUAAAUACGUUUUAUUGCGUCUUGUAUUGAGUGUCACGCGUGCUUGGCUAGUCACGUGAUAUGUUACUCUUCUAGCUCGUACCUUCCACUAGAACUCCUUUAGCAAWUUUUUUAAGGAGAGACUAUAUCUGCGGCAUGCAACAGAAAAAUGGUUUUCCCUAGACUCCAUCUAUGAGGAGGGAAAGAAAAACUCGAGUUACGAUUUUCGAUUUACACAAUUUUCGAGUUACGCGCUCGGACACACCCAUAUUAUGRGGGCCACGCCCACUUUAACAUCUGCGCGUAACUCGAUGACAAACAGCGUUAAAAUCAAACUCAAGUUACGUAACUCGAAGCCAACAGAUUGAACCAUAUUUCGAGUUACGCGCUAUUUCCGUAACUCGAUUCUAAAAGUGGACAAAUAUUUUUUCGAGUUCAACAUUUUUUUUCGCGUUAUUUUUUAGACUUAUUCCAUAAGUCGAGGUGGUUGUCUCGCUUAACUAUUCAUUUAUAUUUWAAAAAAAUUUWAAAAAAUUWAAAAAAUUGAAAAAUCCGGCUUUACAGGCUUUUUUGGUGUACUUAAUUCGAGACGCCAUCUUGUUUAUUUUCCCUAGUACUGUAAUUUUUACUUCCGGUGUCUUUCUUUGUUCUCGAGAACCAAUCACAGCACAGGAAAUAUUGGAGUUUUCCAGAGCCCAAUUAUUUCGUCGAGCAUGCGCAGUAAGAAAUAAGGGCUCUGGGUACGAGAUUGCUUCGUCUUGAGGUAUGUUAGUGUACAGUGAACAGAUAUCUAAAGUGGCAAGUAUGGCCUUGUCUGGUAUGGGAGUUUUCUCAAUAUAAUUGAUAAAAUCAGUUGAAUUGAA